CGCUAUAAAGCCGAGUGGUUUUGCAUUUUCGCAGUAUCUCUUAUACGUGAAAGCUAACUAAAGAACGAAUUUGAGGCCAUACUUCACCUUACAAGAGAAAUCUAUUCCUAAGUGUACUUCGCUAUUUAUUCUAUGCGAACUCUCGCCUGGUCGGUUACAAAAUGGAGGAGUAUCUAAGCCUCCAACAAGGCCCUCUAAUACCUGAUGUUGCAUGCCAUGUUUUCUCGUUUCUUCAAACGCAUGAAAAACAGGCCGUCGCUCUUGUUUGUCGAUUCUGGAGAAAUAUAGUCUAUCUUCCGUCGCUUUGGAAAAACGUACAAGUUAUUUUACCGCUAGAGGCUUCGGAAGAAUUGUUCCUUGGCCUCAGAAAACGAAAAAUAACGCGAGUAACUGUGCUUCGUUCGACUAAUGAUGAAUUGUCGAAUAUGUUUACAAUUGUACCCAACAUUACCCACAUUAGCCUUGGUGGCUGUCCUAAACUAACGGAAAAGUUUCUACAAAGACAAUUCUGUAUGUUACCGACCCUGGAACAUUUAUCAUUUCGUCGUUGCAACCGAGUUACAAAUAAAUUGCUAAAAGCCUGUGGGAGCUCUUUGUCAAAUUUAAAAAGCCUUACCAUCGAAGACUGUGAGACCAUCACUUCAAUUGGCUUUAAGGAACUCAUAGUUCAUUUAAGAAAUCUAGAGGUACUAGACCUUACAUGGUGCGAGAACUUGAAUGACGAGUGUCUGCGUUAUGUGAGUCACUCCUGUCCAAAGUUGAGAGUGUUGUCACUGCGGGGCUGUGACUGGGUGUCAUAUACGGGUGUCAAGUACAUUGUCCAAAGCCUAACUCAGUUGACCAAUCUUGACUUCAAAUGGAGCCAUGGGAUCAACAGUAUCGUGGUGAAACUUAUAGCAAAUCAUCUCCCUGAUUUGCAGUAUUUAGACGUCAAGGACUGCCCGUACAUCACUUGUGACAGCAUAUCGUACGCAGCUGCACGUUUGAGAAAACUGCGUCACUUGUCUUUUGGGGGUGGGGGUGAGUUGCAUUUUCUGUCCAGUUUCAAAGAGUUGAAUAGAAUGUUCAUAGAGCUGGGUGAGCUGACAGAGUUGCGUUGCUUGGUAUUUGACGUCUAUAAUGCCACCACUGAAUCAAGCAUUCACACCAUGCUGAAAAAGCUAACAAAUUUGACAAACUUGGACAUGGGCUAUCUUGACAGUGUGAGUGAUAAAACGGCAACUCUUAUAACAAAGCAUCUACCAAACUUGCAGUCACUUGCUCUGAGCAGUCGACAGCUAACAGAUAGAGGCACAACUACACUAUGUUGCAAGCUUAAGAAGCUAACAACUCUAGAUCUUCGCAGCUGUAAUAUUACAAACAAUGGUAUGCUCGGCAUAGUGCAAGGGCUUUGUCACUUGAAGUCACUUAUUUUAUCUUCGCAUCCUGAGCUUACUAAUGUUGGUAUCAAACACAUCACCAACAACCUUAAGUCACUGACAAGCCUGGAUCUUAUGGACUGUUGUCGAGUAACCAACAGUGGCGUCGCCCUCAUUGCCAAAGAGAUGCCUCAGCUAGUCCAGCUCAAUCUGUCAUACUGCUAUAAAGUAUCUAAUCAAGGUGCCAUCGACAUUGGCAAAAACCUAAAAGAGCUCCGCCAACUAACCCUAGAACAGACGAAAAUCACAGACAAAGGGUUUGUCUACGUCUGUCACCACCUUCCCAAUCUCCAGUCCCUUGCUGUUGGAGGCUGCCCAAUCACAGACAAGGGCCUAGUUGAGGGCUCAAAGGCAUUGUCGAACCUGGAAGAACUGGACCUUGGCUCAAAAUACAUUACCAACAAAGGGAUCCUAGAUGCUGUUGUCAACCUCAAGGGACUCACUGACAUGACUCUGAUAUUUUGUCCCGCUAUUACUGUUACUGCGGUAGAGGCGAUGCUGAAGGGACUACCAAAUCUGACACACCUGGGGAUAGAGGGAUGUGAACAGAUUUCUGAGGAUAUGGUAGAUGAACUGAGAGAUGUGACAAGCGCUUCUGUUAGCUUCUUUUAGAUGUUGGAAAGACUGAAAGUUCUGUCUUUUGUUGAAGUUUCUUUAAGGUGAUGGGAGGCUGAUGUAAUGCACUUGUGAAUAGAGGGUUGUGGACAUAUUUCUGGGGUGUGUUAGAGGAGCUGUGAGAUGAGACAAGUGCUUUUGUCUUGGAAGAGACUGCAACACUUCAUUGCUAGGGUGUGUCAAUUUCUCUUUUCCCUUAUUCUCUACAACGCUUCAAUAUUCAUUCUAGAUUCCGAAAACAGAAGACUUUAUAAAAUCAUACUCUUUUUCAAAUAUAACAUUUGCAUGUGUUUUAGUGUACAUUUGAAUGACCUUGCUACAGGUUUUCUACGAGGAUAAAUAUCAAGGAAUUGCAUUCUGAUUGGAAUAAGGAGGCUUUAAAGACUGAUCUAGACUUUCACCCAAGAAUGAUCUAAAUAUUGAUCUAGGCUUUCACCAAGCAAUGAUCUAAAGAAUGAUCUAGACUUUCACCCUUACAUGAUCUCAAAACUGAUCUAGACUUUCACCCAGACAUGAUCUUAAGUGUGAUAUAGACUUUCACCAGGCAAGGAUCACACCCACACCCUUGGGUAGUCAGAUUUUCAGAUGCAUCAGAGAGAGUCUUUGGGUACAGGAGACCUCAUACUAUUAAUAAAUCAGAGAUUAAGGCUAUAUAUUUUGCUAAUAAUAAUAUUCUGCAGUUAUGGGCAGCUUAAAGAUAUAUGAGAUUUGAAUUUAUUUAUUUUAUAUUGAGUUUUUGAAUUUAGAUUUUAAGAAAUAGAUAUACCCGUUAGGUAUAUAAGCUAGCUAUAUAACCAUAUUAUGAUUAACCUAAAAAUUUCUUUAAUAAAGAUUAUGUAAAUUGA